ACGAAACAGUGAACGUAGCACAAGGUAGCAAACAGUGAUCGAAACAACUUCUAAUGGUGACAAUAAUAUAGCAGCCAACAUACACACCCACCCAGCAGCGAGGAGACAAUUGAGACAUACCAAUGCCACACAAGCGAGUUGAUGCCUUUCGGUUGGCUGAACACAGUUCUACAGAUUUCAUACCGUACUCUGCAAUCCAACACUACUUCUAUCACCACCGAAGGCUUCCCUCCGCCGAUUAUCUCGCCUCCCUCCGUUCUCCCACCUCUCGGCCGCCAGCAGAGCUGUUUAUACAAUAAUCUCUGGAGAUGGCGAAGGUCUCGGCAACCUCCCACCAAGAUCCUACCGUAAUCGAUUUGAUGGAAUCAAGUAAAAAACGUCCACCAAAGCUAAAGUCAGCCGACCGAACGGUAUCCGUACGGAUCGAUAACUAUUCGCCCGGAGCCAGCGGUGGUGGAGCGAGCCCAAUCAUGCUCGACAACAGCCUAAUCGUGCACCACAGCCCGGUGGAGCGGCUCUCGCCUGUUUCGCACCACAAGCACCAAGAUCCGAAGGUGUUCAUCGUGGAUGAAGCGUCAGCGUCGACGCUCAAGGUCGAAGAUUACAGCCCAAAUCCGAGGAAACAGUUUCGCCGUUCCGAUACGCUGCACGUGUACUCACCGUCGAUGCACCAACUGCGGAAGGCCACGUCCUUUCACUCGAGAACCAACAGCGGAGGCUCCAAUCCGGACGAAAUCGUAGCCGCACCCAUCAUUCGACACAGCAGCGUUCGCCAUUCGCACAUCUACCCCCGGGAGUACCUGGUCAAACAGGACAGCGGAGGGGGAACCAGUAGCGGUGGCGGUGAGGAGGAAGAAGAAAUUCGCCCAGCUCCAGCCUUCGUCCAUUCCCCGAACUCUAGCGGGAAUCGGCGGAACUGUCACAUGCAUCGUUCCUUCAACGAUCAACAGCAGAAGCGAAACGCGGCAUUUCUGAGGCGCGAUUCGGUCAAGUUCCGGUCGCUCGGUGAUGACAUGCCGGCGGAAGUGGUCGACAGAAGUCCACGGGAAUCGAAGAAGUUCAACUCGGCAAACGCAUCGCUCGAGAACGAAAUCUACCGUUCACGUAGCAAUAGCCGCUCGGAGAAGAAAACCGAAUCGUUCUCGGACUUCGUGAGCCGUCAAAACAGCAAAAAGUACAACCAAAAGAACAGUACGACCAGUUUGGAUCAGGCUUUGCCAUAUAUUGGCGGUAGUGGUCCAGGGAGCUUUCGACGGUCGCUUCUGCAACAUUCCAACGCCCACCUCCUGAGUCCCAAUCCACCCUUCACGGAUGAGUUUCAACCACAGAAAUCACCCAUCUUCGAUCAGAAAAAAUCCUACAGUUUACGAUACAAAAACGGUAGGGAUGCAAGGGAAACGUUUAAAGCGAAAAAAUCCAAGAGCUUCAUGUUAGAUCUAGAUCCUCCACCGGCUAUUAUCAGUGGAGCCAGUAGUCCAUAUCGGAAAGAAAGUGUUUCCUUCACACCGGAAGAGGUGGACAAGAUAUACAAGGCCUCGCGGAAACUAUCUCCCAACAUAAUCCUGGAUGACAUUGGCCGGGAGAUCAAUCCGGUUCCGAUGGACAUCAUGGACAUCAACUACGGAGUCAUCAUGAAGACCUACCAGAUGAACCGGCAGAAGUCGAUGCGAAAGAGUCGACGAAAAGGGGACGACAAGAAGCUGGACUACGAAGACGACACCGAGUCGAACAGGAAGCGCAAACGGAUAGCAUGCAUCGUGAUGACCGUGUUCAUAGCCUUAGCAAUAUUCAGCAUCCUAGCAGUGAUCGUAACCCUAACGCACACCAGCGCGGGCCCAUCGCAGACGAAACCCACGUACACCUUUGCCCGGGACACUCCGAUCCACGCGAUUCCCACGUACACCAUGUCGAAAGAUUCGCCGAAACACUACAACGGCAUCAAUUGAUGCGGUAGCAAUCGUAGUUGGCCAUUGGGGUUGUCGCCACUGCUGGCAACACUGGACAACAUCUUCGACGCAGCAGGCUGCGGUGCAGUGGCGAUACGCUUCGUAGAACUGUUUAGUUAGCAGUUACUCUAUAGUGAUUUAGCAGGACGUGUCG